AUGGGAACUAACACUCCAGACCCCACCAACCUAGCUCACCUGUCCUUCUCCAACUUAGAACUUAGGAGAAAGAAGAUUGACAUGAAGAGGUACAGCCUACUAGAAAGAAAGGACUGUGUGUACCAAGAGAUCACCAAAGGGAGAAACUACUAUGAGUAUGUGGAUGGAAAGGACAAAUCCUGGGCCAAUUGGAUGAGGUAUGUGAACUGUGCCCAGGACGAUGAAGAGCAGAACCUGGUGGCCUUUCAAUACCACAGGCAGAUUUUCUACCGAACCUGCCGGGUCAUCAGGCCAGGCUGUGAGCUGCUGGUCUGGUGUGGGGAUGAGUAUGGCCAGGAGCUGGGCAGCAAGUGGGGCAGCAAGUGGAAGAGAGAGAUCGUGUCCGGGAGAGAGGAACCAAAGCCAGAGAUGCACCCAUGUCCCUCCUGCUCUCUGGCCUUCUCCAGUCAGAAAUUCCUCAGCCAACAUGUGAAACUCAAUCAUCCCUCUCAGAUUCUCCCAGGAACAUCUGCAAGAAAACACCUCCAAGUGGGGGAACCCUGUCCAGAGGAUCGGAAUCAACAGCAGCAACAUACUCGUACACACAGCUGGAAUGAUAAAGCUGAAGGUCAAGAGGUCAAAGAAAGGUCCAAACCUUUGCUUAAAAGGAUCAGUCAGAGGAGAAUCUUAAGACCCUUUUUCCAACCUUCCAAAGAACAAAUGAAGAGCUCCAGUGAGGAUGAGAGAAUGAUGGAGGAAGAACCCCACAGAGGCCAGAAAGAGAGUCCAGAGGGCACAGUCUGUACACUGGAAAUGGGAACUCCAGCCUUUCAGUUUGACAUUCAACGUUGAGUGAGCACAGACAGAAUCUGGCAAGUGAAUCACUGGGAUCACAAGUCCUGCUGAACAGCCUUCAGUGCCCUUGUCUUCCGGGUCUUUAGCACUGGACAAAGGAAGAUAAGGAGAGGGUAGGGAUCUGUAGCCAAACUCAGAUUUUGAGCAAACCCCAUUGCUUUCCCCACAUAGACUCAGCUGCCCUGAGAAGGAGGCAUGAGGUGGAGGAUGUGCCUUCCUCCAGAUUACCACCUUCUCUCUGAGCUUGUGCACUCAGAGCCUCCUCAGCAUAGGUGGGUGGUACUGAAAAUAACCUGUGAAACAAGACCCUCACCCACCCCUUGCUGAGAACUGACACUGGGAGCAACAUCUGCCCACACUGGUGUGUUAGGUAGGAUAGAUGGUAAGCCAAGGCAGGGAGGAUGAGGAAGACAUGUCUCACCCACUAACUCAGCAGUCCUGACCUUGGGCCAUUUCUAUUGCCAGAUGGUCCAGCAUCACAAGAAACUCCAUGCUAACACAUGGAAAUUCUAGGUAUCAUUUCCACCAUCUGGGAAAGAGAGGCUUUCAAACUAUUCAUCCCAAGGCCUAGAAGAUGGGAGGGGGGCCACAGCACUCAAGGAAAGGACCCAUAAAACUGGCUAACUGUUUGCCCCUGUCCACUAUCUUUUAUGAAGGGUCCCUAAUGUUUACAGAAAGAGCCCAUAGAUAACUUUGGGUGACUGCUUUAACUUUCACUGUCUCCUAUCUCAUACCUAUUUUACAAGAUGACCAAAUGGGGUCUGAAGCCAGAGAAGGAUUUGGGCUACUGACCCCCACACAUACCUACAUUUGAGUAGUCUCAUCCCCCAUGGAAGCUGGCACCACUUUUACCUGUCAAUCAAUGUGUAAGUUCUUUGCCCCCAUCCCACCAACUAUAUAAGUUCUCAGGACAAAGGACCUGGUGCUCUUGCCAUCCAACUUCUUGCCUUUCACUCCCAUCUCAGCAAGACCUGUCCUCUUCCAUGAGAACGUAUCACUGAUAAACCCUGUUUGCACACUAAUACA